GGCGGCGGGCUGAGGGGAGGGAUGCGGCUGCCGUGCGAGGUGUCGGUGGUGAGCCGGAUGCUGCCUUCGGCGGGGCUGCGGGGGCCGGGCCGAGCCGCUAGGGCGCUGCUGUCGCUCGGGAGGCCGCCCGGAGGAGGAGGAGGCGGCGGCGUUUGGCUCCUGGUCAGCACCGCCCGCGACCGCCCCGGCAACAAGUACCAGUUGAAAGAAAAUAUAGAACAGCUUUUUACCAAGUUUGUGGAAGAAGGAAAAGCCACCAUACGGCUGAAGGAACCCGCAGUGGAUGUCUGCCUCAGCAAGGCCAACGCCAACCUUUUGAAGACUUUCCUCUCCGCCGUGAAGCUGGCUAACAGCGGAGCCCACGAGGAAGCCCUCCCGCUCUCCGCCUUGGUCCCCCCCAAAGCGUCGGAAGUGGAGAAGCCAAAGACGAGGAUGACGAUCGCAUCGAGGAAGGAGUAUCCGCUCACCCACAACUUCCCGUAUUCUCUGGAGCACCUCCAAGCCUCCUACUGCAAGCUGGCCCGCGUCGACACGCGCAUGCUUUGUCUGAAAAGCCUCCGGAAGCUGGACUUGAGCCACAAUUGCAUCAAGAAGCUGCCGGCUACCAUCGGAGACCUCGUGUGCCUCCAGGAGCUCAACCUGCGCAACAACCACCUGGAGGCCUUCAACGCAGCGCUCUGCGGCUCCACCCUCCGGAAGUCGCUCCAGUCUCUGGACCUCAGCCAGAACAGGAUCCGAGCGCUCCCGGCCCAGUUCUGCCAGUUGCAGGAACUGACUCACCUGAGGCUGGACGACAAUGAACUGGUCAGGCUGCCGUUCAAGAUUGGGCGGCUGAGGCAGCUACGUCUCUUGUCUGCUGCCCGCAACAAGCUCCCAUUUUUGCCGGAGGACUUCGCAAAGCUCUCUCUGGAGAACCUGGAUUUGUUCGGCAACCCGUUCGAGCAACCCAGACCGCUCGUCCCCGACGUACAGCUCAAAAUACCUUUGACUUUGCUCGAGUGUUCGGCGAGAGCGAUGGUCGAUUUCAGAAUCCCGCAUGGCCGCCGCGUCCUCCCUUCUCACCUGUGCGACGACCUGGCCAUGUCCAAGAGGUGCCCGUGCGGUCACGCCUGUCUCAGCUGCUUCAUUCAGAUCACCGUGACCAUGAAUCUCCACAGCGUGGCACACACCGUGGUUUUGGUGGACAACAUGGGCAGCACGGAGGCCCCCGCCCUGCGCUACUUCUGCUCGCUGACUUGCUACUCCCAGUUCCUAGACAGGCACCUGCAAGGCCUCCGGUGACCUUUACGGCACAGGGCUUGGGGUGCUCCAUCUAGCCGAGGAGGGCCGGCGCUUCCUUCCGCCUGGUCUCGAAGCGACUGGGAAACACGGCACAGAGUCCGGCCGUUCCCUAACGUUCUACCAACUGCCCCUUUUUCGACCACUCAGAGGAAGGAAUAGAAUUGUAAGUUUUAAAUAACAUAGCUGGGGGGUGGGGAGGAGUUGCUAAUGCAGUCUUGCGUGCUUUUUGUCUGGGAUGAUGGGCAACCAGCUGCAGAUUCUGCUCCUGAAACCUCGCUCCCUCCCAGCGACUCUGGCUUGAAUGGGAACAGCUGGGGCCUCUUUGCCAAGAAACUGCCCUUUUCUCUUUCUGCUGUCUUCCGUAAGAUUCGCAAGUGGCUCCCGCGCCCAGUCAGACGGCUGCCGGAAGCGUGCCUUCAGCUGGGGGGGCAGGAAGGGAUUCUGCUCUCCUCGAACAGCGGCUUGCACGGAACAGUAUUUUUUAAUCUUUAAAAGUACGUUUUCUAACUUAUUUGUGGCACACGUCAGAUCACGAAAGAGGCAUCUCCGCUUAAGAAGUCGAUCGGGUCUGCCAUCGCUACGCCACGCUGGAGCGUUCACGAGCAAGUCAGCGUAACGGUGGCCUGCUCGUCCUGAAGCGUGUUGUCUUGCAGGGAUUGAAUUCCCGAGUUUGGGAAAUGGGGUCUCUGCAUGGGGAGGGCUUUUUUCCCUGCUAGCAGAUGUUACGCCGGCACGUCACCGACGCACAGCUGUUAUUUGUUUAGAUGUGAUUCUGAAAUAAAUUGGUUGUAUGGA